GUUGUGGCGAUUGAAAAAAAAGUAUAUCGUAUAUAAAUAUUUUCCAUUCGAAUUAUGCAUAAAACUAAUAUAAAUUAAAUCAGUGACAGUUGUAAUUAACAUGUAAAAAAUAAUGGGAAUCCUUUAUGUUGUGUUUAAACGAUAUAAGAUCAUUAAAAUCAUCGUAAGGCCUGAGUGGUGGUAGCUGGUGCCGACCACCAUGGCGGGAUGCUGCGUGACCGGCUGUAAUACCACACCACGAGAUGGCGUUAUGUACUUUGAAUUUCCAACUAGUCGAUUGCUCCGGCGUCGCUGGCUCGACGCCAUCCAGCCCGUAGAGAAGGUAGACCAACACGCUCGGGUCUGCAUCGCCCACUUCCUGGAUGAUGACUAUGUGACCGUCCGCGGGAAGGUCAGGCUCAAAGCUAAAGUGGUACCGAGCGUCUUCAAUAGAAUAACUGACAUAUCCGAACAGAAUCCAAAUGCCUCCGCCUCAAAAACAGAAGUCGCAGAUACAGCUACAGUUAGAGAUAAUGCUAAAUUAACUCUCGAUACUCAGAGUACUACCGAAGCAGACUGUGUUACUAAGGAAGAUUCAGAAGAUCCACAAAACAAUGUUGAAGAUACUGAGAAAACUGCUAAAGUAACUCAAGAGAAUAAAAUUACUCAGGAUAACGCUAACGAAUUAGAUGCUUCAAAAACAGCAGCAGAUAAAGAUGUAACUGAAGAAGAUAGUAACGAAGUAACAACUAGAAAAGCAGCCACAGAUAAUAAAAGUGCUGUCACAGAUGCUAAACUGACUGUGGUAGUCAGUGAAGACAAUAAAGUAGAUCGUGUUGGUAAUAAAUCAGUCACUCAAGAGACUGCUAGUGAUGUGGAUAAUAGUAAAGCAGAGAGGGGAACAAGUAACGUGAAAUUAAGAGAUAAUAGAGUUAUUAAUUUUGUAGAUAGAUUCCUAAAUAAAUCGCCCAUAGACAUCAACAAGGAUGACAUAGAGGAAAUAUUAACAAAUUACCAUAUAAAGCAAACGAAGCCGCUGCAUAAAAUGAUAGCUGAGAGGGAGAGAGGGAGCGAGACGGAUGCAAACGUGAUAGAAAUAAACGAGACGGAAGAUAGGCCGCCGGUGUUCAUUGAAGUGGCCGUAGCAGGAGACAAUGCAAAUCAACAAACUGAAGGCGAGACGGAUGGUAACGACUGCCUUAUGGUGCUGGAGAGUGUCCAGGUGGAGGUCGAUCCUACCAUGCUGAUGUUACCAGACCGGGAGUCUGAAGACUCAGACGUAGAAAUUAAAGAAGUCGAACCAGAGAAAAAAACGGACCCCAUCAGUCUCCUCACCUCCAGCGACGAGGAUGAAGUGAUAAUCCAAGAACCCCACAUAGACACCGUCGUGGUCCCCGACGAGACCGACGAGGACGACGUCCCGCUCGUCAAACUCGUAAAACCACGGCGGAAAAUAAAGAAAAGUGCAAAGAGACGUGCAAACCAAACUAACAAAAUUGCAAACGACCUGAGCGCUAUAAUGUGGGGAGUUUACGACUAUUACUGCAUACAUUGCCAGUUUAAAACUACAAGUCGAGGAGAGCACAAGAGGCACGUCGCAGGACAUUCCACUGUAUUGCAUAUAUGUCCACUAUGCAGUUACACUACAGCGAGUAAACUCCAGUUUGCAAGACACAAGAGAAAACAUCGAGAUGAGAAGAAAUUCAAAUGCCACAUAUGCGAUUACAAAGCGAGGCACAACAUGAGUCUAAUAUACCACCUCAAAGCUCACGACGGUGUUAAUUUGAGUAGAGCGAAGAAAGGUUUCAAGUGUGAUAAGUGCGGGUUCAAUUCGGACGUUAAAAGUGCAGUGUUGAAGCAUGUAAGGUUGUGUAUGAGUAAUGUUAAGAGACAUUGUUGUGAUAAAUGUGAUUAUGAGACAAAUCGGCAGUCAGAUUUGAAACGGCACAUCAUGAGGAAGCACAAGGAAGCUGUUGAUGAUGAUUAUGUACCGUAAGAGAGUAACAUCACACUGGUAAAGGUCGAAUAUCGUAAAUACAGAUCCCUAAUAUAAAUACUAAGAGAAUCGCAGUAAGGUAACCCUUUCCUCCGAUCGAUCCCCCGUCCAAUUCAAACGGGGAUCGAAAUUACGACGGUCUGAACCUAUAUUCGAGCCCCUAGCAGUGCCCUCAGACUGGCGUUGUAUCCGUCAGGCGAGAGUUGUCCUUCAGCCGCUCCAUAAGUCCUUCAUUGAGUUUGGAGUGCCAUCUGCACUCGCCCCUAUCGUCCGGUGAAGCUGUAGAGGCGGCCAACAGCAUUAGAGUAGUUUAAAAAAAAAUUUUUUUUCCCUACCGUCUAGUUAGAGUAUACAGAUACAAUUGACAGGAACUGGCAACAAUCUCAACUAUUUUUUUUAUAAAAUUCAUUUUAACUCAACUGAAUUUAUAUUAUACACUUAUUUAGGUGUCUAUGUCUAAUAUUAAAUGAAAAUUCAGUACAUGAAUAACUAUUGCCAUGCACACUCGUCAUUCAAGUAAUCGUUUA